AUGGUUAUAUGUGGAGAAAAUUACCACAGAAUUGGGUCGCUCAUGCCGCCAGAGGGACAACGUCCCAAAUUUGCUCAGCUUUAUAUAUUUGAACCUGAAAAUGAGAUUGACAACCGUUUGUCAAACUUUGCUUCACGUGACACAAAGCUUAUGCCAGAGUUGCUCACUUUGUUGUUACAGAUGUUAGAUGAGCACAAUGAGUUGGUGAGGACUUUCAGGCGGGUUCGUGACCAAUUGCAAGAGGUGGAUGCUCCGAAUUUGAAACUUCGGAUCAUUGGAGCAAAAAGUAGAAAUAGACAAUAUGAUUUGCCCCAAGCCUCUGAGAUUGCAGCACUUAUACCUGGUGAUUUCAUUCCCGAUAGAGAUGACAGGGAUAUCAUAGGUGAUCAUGUCUAUGACGGUCUUAAGCGCAUUACAAGUCUUAAUCCAAAAUUUGAUGCUCUUCAUUUCCCUUUAUUGUUUCCAUAUGGAGAAGAUGGUUAUCACCCGCUUAUUAAAUAUAGACCAGCUUGCUGCCCUCCUUCUAUGCAUUGGAUACAAAUACCUGAGUUGUUUCUUAUACAACAUGAGGGAAAUCACAUUGAAGCAAUUGCAGAGAAUAUAUAUGAAUCAUUUGACACCAACUAUAGGCGCCCAGCAUAUCUAAAAAAUAGGGCAAUAGUUGCACCAAGGAAUGCAACCGUGUCUCAGAUUAAUGAUUAUACGAUGCAAAGGGUUCCUGGUGAUUCAAAGACGUAUUAUAUUUCUGAUUCAUUGCUGCAAUCCACAGACACAUCAUCUACAUUUGAUGAAUGCUACCCAACUGAGUUUCUCAACACACUUACAUUCAAUGGAGUGCCAAACCAUGAAGUUACAUUGAAGAAAAACACUCCAGUCAUGCUGCUGCGAAACUUGAACCCAGCUUUGGGUCUUUGCAAUGGAACAAGGAUUAUGAUCACAGUGUUGGGUGACAAUUUCAUAAAGGGCAACAUCCUGGGAGGUUCUUAUGACACUGACGAAGUCAUAAUUCCAAGAAUUGUUCUCAAUGUAGAAAACUCCAAGUGGCCGUUUAUACUCAAAAGGCGUCAGUUCCCAGUUCGCACAUGUUAUGCAAUGACAAUAAAUAAGAGCCAAGGACAUACGCUUGACAAAGUCGGAAUCUAUUUGCCAGAACCAGUAUUUAGCCAUGGACAGCUAUACGUGGGAGUUUCAAGGGUACGAUCAGCAACAGGUUUGCGAAUGCUAAUAGAGAAUCCAGCAGAAAUUCCAAACAACUAUACAAGAAACAUUGUGUUUGCAGAGGCAUUCAGUGAUAUCCUCACUGGCUAA